AUGGCAAUGUCUCUGUCCAAGAAGAAAUCUAGACUACCCAAAAGAGCAGAAGCCAAACAACUAGGCUUGAUUGAUCUAAUCUUACCAAAAUUUCUCUUCCGAUUGCCCGUCGCACUGCUUCUCUUGAUCCUUAUCUACCUAUGGUCUUCCUCGACCACCAUUAUUUCCGGCAACAUUGUUCAUGUCUGUGUCUCUUCAAGGAAGCUCACCAACCUCUAUUGCCUCUCUGCUGGUACCCAACCCAACUUUGAACUUCCAAUUCCACUUCUGAAUGAUAGUUCCACUAACGAAGUUGCCGGUCUUGUUCAUGAAAAUCCACUGGAAAACAGCAUUGAAAAGUAUAGAGAUGAGGAGCUGAAAAAUGCUGUCAAGGUCAUAAAAGAGCAGCUGCAAGAGCAUCGAUCAUGGCAGUCGAAUAAAAAACAAGCAAGUUGUGAUGGGAGGGGCAUAUAUGUGUAUGAAUUGCCACCGAAGUUCAAUAAAGAUUUGGUGGCUCAAUGCGGUAACAUGAUUCCAUGGAUGGAUUUCUGUAAAUAUUUCAGCAAUGAGGCCUUGGGGGAGCCAAUACCGGAGAUUGGAAAAUGCUGGUACCAGACUCAUCAGUACUCAUUGGAGCCAAUCUUUCAUGCUCGGGUUUUGAAGCAUCCUUGCAGGGUGUAUAAUGAAAAUGAGGCAAAGCUGUUCUAUGUACCAUUUUAUGGUGGACUUGAUAUCCUGAGAUGGCAUUUCAAGAAUGUGUCAAAUGAAAUUAAGGACACUUCGGGAUUAGAACUUCUGAAUUGGCUUGAAUCACAGAGACACUGGAAUCGAAAUUCGGGUAAGGAUCAUGUGUUUGUUUUGGGAAAAAUUUCUUGGGAUUUCAGGAGGAAGAACAAUUCAUCGUGGGGUACUAGAUUGUUGGAGCUUGAUCAAAUGCAAAACCCAAUAAAGCUCUUGAUUGAAAGACAGCCAUGGCAUGUUAAUGACAUUGGCAUUCCACAUCCAACCCAUUUCCAUCCUCGUACAGACGAUGAUAUUGUCUCCUGGCAAUCGAAGAUAAUGGGAUCAAAUCGGAGAAACCUCGUGAGCUUUGCCGGGGCUGCUCGUCCCGAUACACCAGAGAACAUAAGGUCAUUACUUAUCAAACAGUGCACUUCAAUGGAUCACAACAACACAAAUUGCAGGUUUCUGGAUUGCAGUUUAGGUGGUUGUGAUCAACCCGAGUCUGUAAUAAACCUAUUCACAGCGUCUGAAUUCUGCCUACAGCCUCCUGGUGAUAGUCCAACGAGAAAAUCAGUAUUCGAUUCUCUCAUUUCUGGGUGCAUUCCGGUACUGUUUGAUCCUUUCACGGCUUACUAUCAAUAUCCAUGGCAUUUACCUGAGGAUCAUGAGAAAUAUUCAGUGUUUAUAGAUCAGGAAGAGGUGAGAAACAUGAAGGUGAAUGUGGUGGAGAGGCUCAUGAAGGUUCCUUUAAAGGAGAGAGAAGAUUUGAGGAGAUAUAUAGUAUAUGAGCUAUUGCCUGGCAUACUGGGUACGCCUUGGGUGAAAUUCUUUGAUUAUGCUCUAUUGAGCGAUGACAUUAUCAUCACGGAUCCAGUAAUUGCAAAGUCCUAUCUUGAAGUUAUAGAAGAGUGUAAAUUCACCAAAUCAAAAGAAAAGUCCUUCAUCUCUACCAUGAGUGCUCUAGAAUUUGCUAAGAAUAGAUCAUUUGCAAUUAAUAAUUCAAGUGAUGACGGCUGUUCUAUCUGUUCUUCGGCUCGCGUUCUCAUCCGAAGAAAUCUGAGUGUAAGAAAGCAAUUGUUUUGGAUUUCCAGGCAAACCCAAUUCAAUUACUUCAAUACUCCUUCGAUUCCCUUGUUUUGUCAGCCAAUCAAAACAGGGUUUUUUCCUUCUUCAUCUUCUUCUGAUAAUUUUAAGGGGUCUGUGUUGUUGGGUUUGAGAUCAGAACACACAAUGGCCAGCCAAUCAUCCCAGCCGCAAUCAGUCCACGAGUUCACUGUCAAGGUUGGUUACCUUUUCAUAUCUUCAUUUGAGUCUUCAUCCUAUAGCUAUUCUUGCAAGAUGUAG